AAUUUGCAUCUGGAGGGUUGCAGGAUUGGCAUAGGUGCCGCAUAUACUUGUAAGGGGUUGUAUGACAAAGAGCAAUACUUCGAGAAAAAUUCUGUGAGAAGGUGAUGGAUGUGGCAGGGCAUGCGGAAUGUGGGUGCUCGGAGAGGGGAGCAUUACUAGGUGAGGCUGGGUACUUGUGGUAUAAGGCCUUGGGCAUGAACAGAGGAGGUUGUGGGGUUUCCAUUGAAGAUCAAAGGAAAUUUAUCGACCUCACCGAUCCAAAUCUUGAGGGUGCAGACGUGAAUGACGAUUCGUCCUCUUUGCAUGCCCCGUCCCUUCCACCCUCAUCGUCAGAGGCUGAAGAUGACGACUUUGAUAUCGAUGCUGUUGUUAGAGAAGAGGAGAAACACCUCGCUGCAUUUAGAGCACAACAUUCGGUUUCGCCUGAACCUCCCGCACCAAAAGCCAAAUACAAAGUUUUGCCACCUGAAGUUGCAGAUGGGAUGGACAUCGACGAAGAGGCGAUGUGGAAUGACCUCGAAAUAUUUGAUGACUCAAUCCCCAACCCUUCUCCACCUCCGGAGAGUAGUAAAUCGAGCAUCGUAGUCGAUAACCAGGAUGAAGAGAUAUGGGAUAUGGUGCGGGAAUUGGAGAGAGAAGAGCUGAGAAGAGUACACAGCAUCGAAACAACUUCCUGUGUCAUCUGUUUUGAGUAUGCCUUCGGCAGAGAACGCUAA